AUGCUUAUCAAUGGGAAUAUGUCACAAAGAAGAACACAAUCCGACAAGUGCCCUGUCGCCAUUUAUUCUUGCUCAGAUCCAACACAGCCGUGCCCCCCCUCUCUCCCCUUGAUCAACAUUUCGCUCUCCACUUUGCUCCUUACAUACAAGACAUACGGGAAACCUGAGAACUGAGUCCCAUCUGGUUCCCGCACUCUUGCGUCGAACUCCCCGUUUGCGCUUCCAUAGUCCCAUAAUGACCGACGUAGACACCUCCUCCCGCAAGCUUCUCCCCCCUUCCAAACUAACAGCAACUGCCAGCCAGCCCACCAUGGCAACAAGAUCGAGCGAUCCAAAGCGUGCUCCUCCUGAGUCUCCCCGGGGGGCCAUGACAAGGAAACGUGCGGCGUCCAUCAACACAGAAGAAGCCAACCACCCGAGGAUAGAAGACUUGAGCCUGAAUACCCCGGGCACUUCGAGCUCCCGCUCGCCCGACCAGACAAAAGACCUCAUAUGUCUCUGUACUCCUGCUCCAAAGGUUCCGAGACCACGUAACGCCUUCAUCCUGUAUCGACAACACCAUCAAGGCCAAGUCGUCGCUCAGAACCCUGGGCUUGCCAACCCGGAGAUUUCCAAGAUCAUCGGGGAGCAGUGGAGAGACGAAGGUGAAGAGCACAAGGACCAGUGGAGGAGACUUGCCGAGGAAGAGAAACAACGCCACCAGCGGCAGUACCCAGAUUAUCGGUAUCAGCCCCGACGCGGAGGAAAGGGGGUAGCGGCAAGACCGUCCUCAACCACGGGGGAAGACCCAGGGCGAUGCCAAAAGUGCGGCGGGCGAUACAUUGCAACACCCCGCACUCCAUCGACGCCAUUCAUACCCCAGACAGCGGCGAGAGCCAACAUGCCGUCGUACAGUAACCCCAACCCCAGGGUGAUCGAGACGGAUCACCUCCGCCACCCGUCCCAAGCCAGCAACAUGUCGAUGGCGGGAGAGCUAGGCAGGGGACAGAACCCCUACGCGAUGGGAGGCUACCACCACCUCCAGGGCAUCAGCGAAGAGUACGAGAUAAUGUCCCCUUCCGACGCCAAACGCCGCCGCUUCAACGUCACCGGCAGCUACCAGGGCAUGCCGCCGUCCCCCGAGCCCUACGGCCACGGCCACGGCCCACACCGCCUCCGGCACCCGUCCAUCGGCGGGCCAGGCGUCGGGCCCCCAGGGUCCUACGGCCACGGCCCAGGAGGUCUCCUACCGGGCCCUUCGAUGCUGACUUCCCGCGCGGGCUCUGGCCCCGGCCCCUCCAUGGGCCCGCCCCCGACCCGCUCCUCCGUCUCGUCGUACCCGCACGCGCACCCACACCCCCGCACCCCGACCCCGCGAAGCGGCUCCAGCUUCGAUGAGUCCCUCCGCCUACCCCCGCUACAGACGCAGCUGCCUACCGGACCGCACGACCCCGCCCCCCCUACCGGCGGUUCAACCACGACGGUGGGAAUAGUGGCGACGACCAGAGCAGCAGCAGCAGCAGCAGCAGCAGCAGGGGCCGGCACGACCUCUGCUCCCCACGGCAGCACCGGCAGCACCGGCAGCAGCAGCAACCUGCGCGAGAGCCAGGCACGCAGCAUCGAGGCCAUGGUGAUGAGCAUCGGGUACGGCAACAAGCUCAGGGUGCUGGCGCGGAUCAGCCCGCCCCUGGCACCGCCGGGGCCGGCGAGCCCGGCGGUCGAGACGCGGGGCGCCGUCGUCGCCGUCGAGGGCGCGGACGCGGGGCUGGUGGCGAGGGUGGGCGACCUGGUGGAGAGAGCGCUCGUGGCGUCGGGGGAGUGUCAUGUGCGGACCUGGCGGGACGGUGAUGAGGGCGGAGGACAGGCCCCGGGUGAGGGUGCGGGCGAGGGUGAGGGUGGACAGGGUGGUGCUGACGAGGCUGGGUCUGGUGGUGGUGGCGGUUCAACAAACCUGUUUGGGAGCUACCUGCGGACUAUCAUGGAGUGGCACGCCAAGUCUGCGGAAAUGGUCCGGCACAUUACCACGGCGCCGCCGGUGGGCCGGUCGUCUGACGCAUCGUCCGCGUCGGCGGCGACUUCCUCCUCGGAGAGCGGCGGGCCCAGCGCCAGCGGCAGCAGCAAUAGCGGCGGAGGGGCCACCAUCAGCAGCCAGGCCAAGUCGUCGGACGGCGAGGCCGCAGCCGGGGGCCCGACUCAAGUCCCCCCUGUCCCUGCUGGCCCGACGGCGGGGGCGGUGGAGGCGGCGAGCGUCCCGCCGCGACAGGGCCGCAUCCCGGUGGCGCUGGUCAAGGGCGGGUUCAGCCUGAGCAUCGCGGACCGGUUCGCGUGCCGGGUGCCGAUCGCGGACUCGUACGCGCCGGUGGACCACUGGCAGUGGAUGGCGACGCUGUGGCGGGGGAUCGUGGGGCCGGACCUGGUGGUGUACGUGCGCGGGGCGUCCGAGGAGGAGAUGGCCAGGCUGCAGGCCGUCGAGCUCAAGGGGCCCGGCAUCAUGAUGGUGCGGGUGCAAGAGGGCGUGGGCAUCGCGGAGAAGACGGAGCGGAGGCUCGGGUUCGAGAUUGUCGAGUGGGUGAGGGCUGGAUCGUUUUCGUUCAAGGAGGGCUUCUGAAGGGUGUUUUGCUUGUUACCUAAC